AUGAUCUCCACUCAUAUUCUCGCUUCAGGGAUAUCAUGCAUCGUUGCCCUGGUUGUCGUCGCGCGUCUGACUCGCAAACGUGCCUACCAUUUACCUUUGCCGCCUGGCCCCCCUCCGUUACCAUUUCUCGGUAACGCGCUGCAACUGGAUACUAAACGACCUUGGCUCACAUAUACUGCAUGGGGAAAGACAUAUGGGAAAAUCGUUUAUUGCCGCACAUUUGGGAUCAACUUUAUUAUCAUAAACUCUGAAGCCACCGCGCGGGAGCUGCUCGACAGGCGUUCUGGGAAUUACUCUUCUCGCCCCGUUAUUCCUACCAGCGAAUUAGCCGGAGUCGAUUUCAAUACUGUGUUCCUGCCAUAUGGCGAGACUUUACGGCGACAUCGCAAGAUCUUUCAUCAAGUUCUCAGAGCCGAAGUGUCAGCCUCACACCAUGAGAUGUACUCUCGUCACGCAAACGAACUAGUCGUCAAUCUCUUGGAUUUGACUAUUGAUCUUUGCGACAGAUACGCGGCAUCCCUAAUCAUGGCUGUGACAUACGGACACCAUGCUCACGGACAUGAAGACCCAUUUCUUUCCCGCGCGCGCGAACUCUUUGAUAUUGGCGAACAUAUCGCUUCUCCCGAGAAGUCUGGGAUGCUCAUAGCCUUUCCUUUCCGUGAGUGCCUUUGCCGACAUCAGGGAAAACCUCCUUCACGAAAUCAAGGUAAUUUCAGAGAAUUCCUCUGA